CACUGUGGGUAAACAAAACAACUUAACAGCAACCACUUUGCGCCUAACAGCACACAUUCCACUGUUGAUAGCACACUGUUGGCCAACAUCAACAUCCCUGGCGUCUCGUUAAUAAUUUUUUUAUAUAGUCGUUUAGCACCGAUAUUCCAUGUCUGAUUUUUAGGAGACAAGCGGAUGUGGAUUGGCCAACAUGGAGGAACUGUGCAAGCAGCCACCGCCGCCGCCGCCGCCUCCACCGUCAUCCGUGUCCAGCGAGGAGCCGCCGCUAGCAAAUGGCAAGGGAGGAGGAGCAGCAGUUGUGCACUUAAUAGCUAAGCUGCCCGAGGAGGAGCUCCUCGGCUCGGUGACCAUGCACAAUUGUCCGGGUACACGGGCCAGUGCCCGCGUCAUCCAGAAGAUGAAGCAGGACCAAACGCGACCAAUGACCCCGCCACCCAACGAAAGGGAACUGAACAAAAAGGACGAGAAGGCCGCCCAAAAGACGCCCAGCCAGUUGAAAACGGGCAGCGGGAAGACCACCUGGACGAAUGUCGAGCGCAACUGCUUCUUCGACGCCCUCAACGAGUUUGGCAAGGACUUCGAGGCGGUGGCCAAUUGCAUCAACGCCAAACUGAAGCGACGCAAUGCCAACAGCGACUAUAGUUUCAAGACCAAGGACCAAGUACGCCAGCACUACUACCAGACCUAUCACAAGAUCUGCAAAUAUGUGCGCUUCUCGGAUGAGCUGAAAAAGCCCGCCCAGGAGUUGUACACGCUGAUUAACUACGGCGAGAUGCGGCGCAAGCUGCAGUUCCUCACGGAGAAGCACUUCAUGAAGCUGAAGCAACUGGUGUACCAGGGCCAGAUCACCGUGCGCUGCAAGGGCAAGAACAUCCGCAUCAAGACGCCAUCAUGCAAAGCGCUCCGGCGGCUAAAUCAAUUGGAUGACUCCCUGGAGGAUAUCCGGCUGCCCAGCAAGGUGGAGGUGGUGGUGACUCCCGCCAAUAUGGAGGCAUUUGGUCGGGUGCAGUCCCUGGCCCAGAAUCCACGCGGCAGGAUUAUAGUGCCGUUGCAUAAGAAACUCAUCAGUUUCAUCAAGACGUUCGAGUACAAAUGGCGCAGCGCCAAUCAGCGUUUGCACGAGGAGAAGAAUGCCUACUUUCCCAGCAGCCUGGCAUCCACUACAUCCAACAACAACAACAAUAACAAUGAAACGGAACCAUUGCAGCCGGCAGUGUCGUCGCUAGAUCCCUCCAUGUGCUUCCAGCCGCGGCCCGGAGUGGCCAUCCACCGACCUUUGCUCAGUAUCACCGCCUACUUAAGCAGCAUUAACAUAUGCCUGACGGCAUACGAGGAGCGCAUGGGCUUCAAAGUGCGCAGCGAGACCUUGGCCAACAUGGCCGGCAUGUCGGUGGCGGCCAGCAAGAGACCGCGCACGGAAAGCGGCUCCGAGAAGCGUUCGCCGGAGACCAAGAAACCCAAAUCGGAUGCCAGUCCGCCGCUGGAAAAGAGCUUGGACGAUGGACCCCUGUUGGAGGGUAACCUGAUGAAGAUGGAGAAUAGCAGCGGUGACGAGCUGGGCGAUGAGAUUCAUGAGUUUCUGGGCGACAUACUGGAGGCGACGCCGCAUCCGCAAGAUGCCACUGUGCCAGCUCUUCCGACCCCUGGUGAUACUACAAUUGUUGCUGUUGCGCUUGAAUCUUCCGCUGAUCCUAUACUACAGGCCGAUCCAGCCACCGCUGAUCUAUCGCACCCAAUGGCGAUGGCAUCUCUGCUACAAACCUCCUGUGCUGCCGCUCCUGCUCCUUCCACUCCCAUAUCUGGUUCGUCGGCAGCUCCUCCGGUUGCCCGCUCCAAACGCAAAGAAGCUAAGGAAGCGGCGGCCGCGGCACAGGCUCGAAACUUUAAGCCCCUGCUCAGCGACGAUAUCCUCAAGCGAAUCCGCAAGGGCUGGACGCAGGCAAAUGCAGCGGAUAUAACCAUCGGCGAUUUGUACGUGGUCUUUGGCCAGGACUCCAAGCUGGAGCUGGAGUAUUAUUGGUGUGAGGUGGACGGUUCAAGUGCCAUGGUGGCACCCAGCAUACUAUCGAUCAACACUGUAGCGCCAAGCUCAUCGUCGGUGGCCACCCAAACCGGCACUUCUUCCAUCAACGCCAACCAAACAAGCGCAUCUUCCAGCUGCGCUUCCAACAGCAAUGCGAGCACUUCGCUGCCCUACAAUCCCAACGACUGUGAUAGCGUGGAACGCGUCAAGGCCGUCACCACAGCGUCGGUGAGCAACAAGCUGAAGCACCUGUUGCUCGUGGCCAAUCUCAGCGAGCGCGUGCGCAAGCGCCAGUGCAACUGCGGCCACACAUGCGAUCGCAAGCGGGACCUGAUGACCAAGGCGCAGCAGCUGGCCGAGGCGACGGCAACCGUGGUGGAGGGCAACUUUCGCACGCCCAUGCUGCCGGUGAGGCGGCCCAUAUCCAACAUCGAUCCUGUGCGGCAGCUCUCAGCGCUCACACGGCAAAAGAUCAGCCGCCAGGUGCUCGUGCAGCGCCGUCUCCUGCCCCCCACAUCCAUUGGCGGUCGUCCGUACGAUCUGUUGAGUGUGCGCCAACUGCACAGCGGCCUUUUCGAACCGAUCGAUCGCCUGGAUGGCACCAGUUCCAGUGGCAUCAGCUCCUCCGGAUCCAAGCCAGAUUCCAGAAUGAGUGCGACGGUGGCUUCGCAGGAUCAACGGCCAGAGGAUCAGCGGGCGUUGGAGUUCCUCAACGACGAAGCCACGCAGGUCAGCGCGCGGGACAUGCCCAAUCUGGACAUUUGUGUGGCCACCAGCACGACUGGCGUCAGCAGUUCCCUGACCGAGGCGGUCCAAGACGAGAGUACAUCUCAAAACUUCUUCCAUGGCAGCGUAAGUCCGAUGCACUUGCUCAGGGACUCCACAUCCAAUGCACGCUGGCUGGAGGACAAUAUCAAUGAUUUCUCGUUGACAUCGCUGCUGGGGCAUCUGGAUGAGAUAGAUGCCACCAGGGAUAUACUGGACCCGUCGUCGAGCAUGUCGGUGAUCAGCGAGAGCAGCGUGGACUUUCGGCACAAGUUCCAGGAAAUCGCCGCUCUGCUGCAGCAGCAGGAGAAGGAUUAGCAGUGGCCUCCAUGUUUUUGUACCCGAAUCCGUAGCCUGAGGAGAAGAGCGCAAAGGAUGAUGGAUGCGGAUUGUUCAGGCGGAAAGCCACGUGUGCCUCCAAGCCUCAUAUCUCAAUGAUAUUAUUCAUACCGCACGUUCUACCCACUAACAUUUAUGUUUUUACGCGACUUUUUUGUGAUCUAUACUCAUUUUAUGUAUGCCAAGUAUUAGCAAGCACUCACAUUGUCUGAACAUAUAUAUAUAUAUAUUUAUUUAUACAUUAACUCUAUGUAUCACGCGGCCGAACGCGAAACUCCCACAUUUUUAAUUCUCAGCCCCUUUGUUUGUUACCCGCUCGCACACUCGUUCCGCACUACUCUAAUUGGUUUCUAGCGCCUAAGUUCGAUUCGCUCCCCCAAAAAGCAACAAAAAACAAAGAAUCCCAAGCGAAACUUCCAUAUGUAUAGAGAUUCUCCACCUGAUAAACUAAAGCUCACAUUAAAUCAAAAGAACCCGU